AUGGCCGAGCCCUCGUCGCCCUUGGGCACGCUCAGCGUGAGCAUCCGGCCGAGCGCCGCCGAGCAGGAAAGUAGGAUGGCCGAAGCUUUAGCGUCCAAGACGCUCGUGGAGCUGCCCUUCUUCAGCUCCCAACCCGACUCCAGCACACAUAGACGAUUCUGCGACAACCGCAAGUCCGCCUUCGUCGCGCGCAUGCACCGGCGAGAGGAAAGGACAAAGUUCGACGACCACCCGCCCGUGCGAUGGCCCGAGACGAUCCCCGACCCGACCUUCCACUUCGCGUCUUGUUUGAAGACGGACAAGGUGCUGCGCGGGCCGGACAAGGCGCUGAUGCAUCCUUUCGUCGCGGGGAAAGGAGUGCAGCCGCCUUCGCUGGGUUGUGGGGAAAGCGUGGGUGGGCGAGCCGUCGGGUCGAAUCCUGGUUGUAGCGAGAUCUUUCCCCGGUUUGAUUUCGACAUUUCGUCGUCGGCGAUGUCCUCAUCGGCUUACGGGCGACACGUGCCCUUCCGUCGGCGAGACGUCGCCGGCGGCCACGAGAAAUGUGCUGCGUUUGAACAGAAGACCAAAUCACUCGAACAACAAAACGCGGAGCAGAAGGAAGCGGUGGCCCGCCAAAAGGCCGAGUUCGACGCGACGGUGGCUCUGGCGCAGAAGAAAUUGGGGAGGAACAUCAAGAAGCGGUAUGGGAAUGGUUCUGCCAAUGUCCGACGGCUGCUGGAGGUGUUCGGGGACUAAGUAUUAUCUCGCUUCUUAGUUCGUUCGCUCGCGGGGCGCGCGGCGGGCCGCGCGCGCACCUGCGCACGUCGGAGGGGACCUGUCCCGGGCCGCCCACGUGCGAUAGUUAUUCUGGGCGCGGCGCGAGCCUCAAAACCCCGCGUAUGACGUGUGCUAGCGGCUUGUAAGACUCUAGCAAAGCCCAAGCUCCAAGCUCCGGCCAGCGGGGCUGCUCGCGGCACAGUUGUGCUGCGGCAGAGUUGCUGCACCUAUUAGGCAGUUUUCAUUUUUGCUUCGAGCCUGCAACCGCUCGUGGCCCAUCGCUGCGAAGGCGUGGAGGCUGCAACACUCACUGCUUGCUCACACUCGCUGCACGAGCAGACGCCGUCGCGGCGUGCUGUCGCCGCGCACCGUUCUCACCGCACACCGCAUUCCAUUGCUGCGCAAAACCAGCGGGCAAAAUAAACACUCGGUGCGUGCCUCCGCCCUCCCCCGCCGCCACCCCGCCCAAAAAAGCAGCUACCCAUAAGUUGGCCACGCGCCGUGUCCGCCGGCGCGGGGCCCGUUCCCGGGAAGCGAGAGUACCAUGCACCAAAAUGGGCAUGAGACCGCACUACGCUAUACCGUCCCCUCCGUGCACGAUGAGGGUACCGGCACACGACGCGGUUAUCAUUCAUCUACACAGGCAUGGCGCAGCCACCGGAGGCGUCGAAAUCUGCGUGGCCCCUCCCGCUCCAUGACAGCAUCGACGCGCUCGGCGCGGCCAUGGACGACGCCGCGGAGGCGCUGCCCGGCCGCGAGGCCACGAACGAGGAGAUCGCGGCCAUCGCGCGGACCGUCGUCAAGGCGUCUAGAGCGUUAGAUGCCGCUUGCGAUGCGUUGGUGGCGAACCCGCCGGCGCAGGAGAGCGACAUCUUGCAAGCUCAAGCCGAGAACGAGGCCUCGCGCCUCGAGCUCCUCGAGGCCUACGCCGAGCUCGAGGGCGUGUCGAAGUCCGUGUCCGGGGUCUUGGACAAGGUAUGUGAGGAUUGUGGCGAGGCGGCGUUCCGCGCGGGCGGCGACGACGACGCGGGCGAGGAGGCGGAGGGGCCGAGCUGACGCGGGCGCCGACCUGUCCUAUUCGCGUUCUCUAAGUAUGUUGUCGUGUGCUUGUGGAGUAGUUUCGUGGGUUUUAGCAAGCCAGGAAGACGGCGCACAGUUUUGUGGGCUGUCAGCCUCCUCAGCUCCAAUACCACGGCAAUUCGUGCCUUUCUUGACCGUCUCGCGUGUCCGGAGGGCCUCACGAACACCGCGACGACGCUCGACAAUCGCCGCUAUUAAUUUCGACGGCUUUGUGCCGAUUUUGCUACCAGAGAGCAAUCUCUGUGUGCGAGCGAUUCCGUGACCGCUUCGUUGAGACAGCUCCGCGAGACGCUGUCCCCGUAUUGUGACGUCAACGGCUGCGUCGUUCCAGAAAGCGCCGACGACGCGGGCGGCUUCGGCGGCAUCAUCGCGCCGCCGUGGUGGGACGACUUCCAGGAGCCCUGA